UACUAGAUGUUUUGAUAACAGGCUUUGACCAUCUGGUUUUCGUUUUAUUUAAAAUGCGCUGAAAAAAGGAAGUUUAUGUCAGAUCAGCAUCAAAGUAAUAAAAACUUUGUUGUUGUUUUUUUCAGCAAACGCAUCAAAGUUAUGCCUAGAUCAUUUUUAGUUCGUCGUAACAUAUAUACAAAGAUAGAAGAUUGUUCCAGUAGCAGUGAAAAUGAAGAAUGGCAUUUUUUGGCUGGAAACGAAUCUGUUAGCUCAUCACUAACAGACAUAAGUAAUAAAUCUUCAGCUUCGUAUCACAGUUCGAAUAUUACUUUAAACUCUAUCAUUCAAUACGAUAAAAAGUACAUUCAAAAUGACGAAGCUUCUCUGCAAUGGGACCCAUGCUCUCCCGCUUUAAUAGACGAUUCGAUAAACUGCAAGCCAUUCAGUUGCAGCAUGUGCGGGAAAACAUUUCGUUUGUCUAGUACUCUUUGCAGACACAAAAUUAUCCACACUUCACAGAGACCUCAUAAAUGUUAUAUUUGCUUCAAAUCGUUUAAUCGCUCAUCAACAUUAAAAACACAUCUUAAAACUCAUUGCAAGACAAAAGAAUUUGUUUGCAAAAUUUGUGGAAAAGGAUUUCAUCAAAAAGGUAAUUUAAGAAAUCAUUCAUUAAUACACACUGGAGAGAAACCUUUUACAUGCCCUGUUUGUACGAAAGCAUUUAAUAAGCUAUCAAAUUUAAAAUUUCAUUUGCAUCGACACACAGAUCAAAAACCUUAUCGAUGCAGAUUUUGCAAAUUAUCAAUGACUCGACGUGGUGAGCUGAAGCACCAUAUCUCAAUUUAUCAUUCCGAGGCAUUGUAAUAUUUAAAUUAUAUUCGUCGCCUGUGUUUAUUAAAUGUUGACUUAAACAAAAUCCAGUCGACCAUUUUUGACGUAAUAAUAAAACGUUUACAAAUACUUUAGACGUCAUAAUAAAUUUAGUGUUUUGCUCAUUGAUUUAAAAAAUAAAAUAUUUGAACAAAGGA